UUGUUUUAAAAUGGCGGUCCACUCGAACAUGGCGGUGCAUGGGCUGCUGCAGGCCGGAGCGGCCGGGGCUGGCAGCUCCGAGCAAGUACCGGGGGGCGGGCCAGAAAAUGAAAAUCAGAACCAGAUGGAUCUCUAUGAUGAUUUAAUUGAUGAUAUAAUAGGCGUACCUUUAGACAAUGGAUUUAACCCUAAAAAGGACAAUUGUAAUCUCCUGCCAGAGUGCUCAUCAAGUGAGGCAAUUGCUUCAAUGACUGAAGCUCCGGCUAGCACAACUCCAUCCAAACCUUCCGUUCUGGGUAAGGUUGCUGUUCCACUUCUUGAAAGGAGUCUGUUGAUUGGCAAUCUGACAUGGUGGACAUCUGCUGAUGACUUAGUAAGUGCCAGUCGUUCUGCUGGAGUAUUUAAUGUUAAUAACAUCAGAAUUUAUGAAGUUCCAAAAGGUGGUCAAUCAAAAGGAUUUGCUAAAGUGGAUCUGAGUUCUGAUUGGGAUAGUUACAGAUUGUUGGAAAUGAUCCCAAAGAGAAAAAUUCAUGGGAGGAUUCCUGAUGUACGGCCCUUUACCACAGCAAAUCGCCAGUAUUUUGAAACGCAGUUCAUACGUGCGGUGAAAAAAUCGAAGGCAUAUUCAUCAGGAAAUGAAGUAUUUAGUUGUGAUGGAAGUGAUCGUCAGUCUGCAUUUGAUUCUUUAAAAGAAACAGUUCAAGGGGAUUCAUCUCUUCAAGACCAGACCCCUUCACCAAUUGAACAGUCGGCAGUUAAACUAACAGCUUCGGUUGUUGGAAAUAAAUUCCAACCUGCUGCUUUCCUUUCUCCUAACUUUCUGUUACGGAACUUCAUUUCACUGGGUGUUUCGGCCAUGAGUAUUCCACGACUAGGUUUUGGCGGACAUGGUUAUCGUCAGUCGUUCCAGGUGGCUUGUGCUACUCCUGCGCCCUUCGUACCACCAAUCAACCCCGGAUUUUUUCCUUUUCGGAACAACUUAUUUCCACCUAUGUUUAAUCCAUACAGAGCUCUUACAAGGGAACCACAUUUUCAAGAGACCCUGCAAAGCAUGGAGAUCAGAAAAGAGCUUGAAAGAAGAGGGGCGAUUUUACCCAGUAAUGAGAGCAAAGAUGACUCUUCAGAAGAUUAUGGCAGUCUCCUUCGGCUUGUUUCUUUUGUUAAAAAGACCAAAUCAGUUACGCCUGAUAACUACAGGGAUUCGUUAAAUUGUCCUCCAAGCCAGCUACACGGAACAGAAUUGAAACAAUUUUCUUCAGGAUUACGGGAGUUGGAAUAUCCAAGGCAGCGAGAAAAUCAGAGAUCUGGAGAGAGAAGUGGAUCUGUGAGGGAUCGCUCCAGGAGUCCGAGUUCCAGUGAUGGUCACUAUCAAGAUAAAAAAAUGGAUUAUGAUCAAGAGCGGCAACAAAGGAUUCAUUGUGAUUAUUCUCCUCGGCGGGAUCACCAUUCAGACCGAAGUCGAGAUAAAAGGGACAGCUAUGGUCUAGAAGGGCCUUGUGACUCUCUGAGAUAUACCUCUAGAAGUGAUGAUCUCUGGCAUGUUUAUUCAGAAAAGAGUGGAAAAGGACACGAUUACAGUGAAGAAAAAUAUCUUAGAAAAAAAGAAAAGGACAGAGAGUACGAGUUUUGAUGCUGCGUCCAAUUCCAACUGCGUGGCAACGAAGGCUAUGUGCGCAGGAGCAGUUCUGUUACUGUGUGAAUGCACAGCUUAGAGAGAACAGCGGUAUGAACACCCUAUGUACUGAAUGAAUCAGUUACAAUAUCCCCACACUAACGUACCCUGCUCGCACUUGAUGUAGAGCCUCACAUAUCAUCAAAGGUAAUAUGUAUAAUAAGGGGGUCUGUGGCCUGUAUUAGAAGAUAGAGAACUCAGUGAUGGACCCAAAAACUUGCAAAAUAAUAUACAGCAUUUUUUAUUUAUUUUCAGUCGCUGCAGAGAUAAAGAAUAUCUUUAAUAAAAACUCAAACACAAAUGUCAAGGGAGUACAGGAUAAAUUCAGUGACCUAAAAUUAAGUCAGAUUAAAAUUUCAAUUCUAUUAACACACACCUGUUAUUAAAUAACAGCUUGUGUUGUUCGGCGGAACAUUGUGGGCACGCUAUGUUGGUGCCAGAAUGUGUGGUGACAAUUGUGAGCUCUUCCCCCCAGCAUAUCCUCGGGCGUGUUGGUUGUUAAUGCAAAUGAUGCAUUUCACUGCAUGCUUCAGUGAACAUGUGGUAAAUAAACCCGACUCUCUAUCUGAAUAUGGUCUUGCAGUUACAGAGGAAGUGCAGUGGAGGUUGCCAAAUGAAGUUCAAGGGCCACAACAAGGCAGAUUUGGAGAUCAGAGUUCAGGAGUCGGCAUGGAUGAACUGGGCCAAAAGGCCUGUCUCUAUACUGUAUGACCUCAAAUGUGUAUGAACACCUUAUGCUCUUGUGGGCUGCCCUAGCGCAUCCUUAGGUUGUGUUUGUUGUUAACACAAAUGCCGCAUUUCACUGUUUCAAUGUAUAUGUGAUAAAUAAACCCGAAUCUCUCAAAAAAAAACCCUUUCUGCAUGUCGUAGGAUUUAUUUCCCCAGUUUUUAUUUCCUCAGGACUGGGGAGGAAGCUAUUGGCCCAUUGAAUCUAUGCUAGCUCUGGGAUCUAUCCCAUUCUCACUAUUAACCUAUCGUCUGCUUAUCUGCAAACAGCACCAACAGCGCCAACCUCCUGCACUCGGGCAAUUUAAGCCUGCUGCUCUGCCUACUGUCUGUUGAGCUCAGCACAUCACUGGGACUCAGCUACCGGACGUGGAGACAAUCUACAACCCCUCGAUGCCUACGGCUCACUCGUAAUAUCCUCGAAGACCCAUCCCGUCCCAUCCUGGACGCUGUCUGUUCAAUCUCCUGCCAUUUGGUAGGAAAUACAAAAGCAUCUUAGCCAAGACAGUAAGACUGAAAACAACAUUUUCCCAAGGGCUGUUGUGCAGCUGAGUAAUGAUACACCCUGGCCCGACAAUGGCCUUAAUCGAAGUCACUUGUUGCAUGUAAAUAUGGGAAUUAAAAAAAAUACUGAACCCAACUGCAUGCAUUGUAAAUAUCUGUUUUGCACAGACUGGAGUGGCACCACAAUCUUGUUGUCUUGAGCAAAGACAAAAAUGUUCUAUUUAAAUUGGAACACCAGGGAAAAACCCAUGUGACAGGGAAACCCAUGUGACAUGUCACAGGGAAAUAUAUGCAAACUCCACACCUGUCAUCAGGCACUUAACUAUUUUAUUUAGAGAUUUACUUUGGAAUGUGGGAGAAAACCCACGUAUACAGGGGAAGGAACAUAGGAACUUUCUUACAGAUGAUGCCACCAUUGAACUCUGAACUCUGACACACUGGGCUGUAACAGCAUCGCGGUGACCACUACGCUACGGUGGCACCAAAGAUACACAGGAACCUAUAUUAAAUAUGACUAUAGAAUACAUACUUUCUUCUCGUAGCUCCUCAAGCUAUCGUAAGAAACCCACUCAUCACCACUGUAUGCGUAUGGAACUUCCUGUUCCUCAAGCCAGACCUUGGUGGCGCCUUUCAAAAAGUUGCAAACCUGUAAUGGUAAAGUGUAUAACUCCUUCAGUGUGCUUCACAGUUAAGUAUGUAUAGGGAGUUAUCAUAGAACGUGGAGCAGUACAGCACAUUGCAGGCCACUCAGCCCACAAUGUUGUGCCAACCCACAUAAAUCUACUCUGAACAGUUGUAAUCCUCGCCUCCUUCACAGCCCAUAACCCUCUAGAUUUUUUUUUACAUUCAUGUACCUACAAAUAGUCUCUUAAACACCAUCUAUGUUGUCUUGGAAAUGGAUUUUGAGGGGUGAUGUGACUAGGGUGAUUACAAUAUUACCAGGAUUCCUUAGGCUAAAUGCAAAGGUUUCUGUUAAUUUUAGGAAAAAUUAAGAACAAAAGCACAUUAAUGUUAUUUAGUCUGUGUUAGACAGCCCUUUGGGAGUGACUUCAUGAAUUGCUUCUAUGGGUCUGAAGUAGUAGAAGAAAUCCUCGAGGGGCAGUAUGGUAGCAUAUAAUGCUUUACAGCACCAGCGGCACAGGUUCAAUUUAUGAUUAUCUUUACUUCCAAAUGAAUCAGCAGAUGGUCUUUUACAAUCGGAGAGCAGUGUGAUGUUUUCAUAGGGAAUGUCUCAUAUCGGCUUGACGACAGCUAGCCGGUUACAAGAUGCAUUUUGGAAUCCUCGCAGACCUGGUGUACACAUCAGUAUUUGGAUUGUAAACAGUUACUAAACAGUUCUAUUUAGGAGCAAACAUUGUCUUUUUGAAAAUUUAAUAUUAAUAAUUUUCAGCAAGUUUUCUAAAAUGCUUCAUUUAUUUCAUUCUGUCUUUGUUAUAUUUUUAAUAGUAAAACAGUGAAUGCAUGUGAAUAGACAACAUGAGUCAUCUUUUUUUCCUUUGGGAAAAAAAAGUCCAUGAUUAUUGUUACACAUUAUUUUAUCAGUGAUUAACAUCUGCUCAACAUUAUCAUAGGACACAAGAGAAUUUGCUUUUAGAAGAACCUUUGGCAAUUUGGGCACAUGCUCUCAAAAAGGCUUGCCACCUUAGGCUAGAUCAUCACCAUCAUUAUGUGCUGUGUCUUGUAACGUGGGUGAUCAUGGUCUUGGAACCGUGAUUGUUCUUGGCAAUUUUUUCGACAGAAGUGAUUUGCCAUUGCCACCAUCUGGGCAGUGUCUUACCAAGACUGGCCAAUAUCUGUACUGUUCAGAGCUUGUGUGCCAGGAAUAAGUGGUCGCAUUUAUCAGGACGUGAUAUGUACCGGCUGCUCUUACAACCAUCCACCACCUGCUCUCAUGGCUUCACCUGACCCUGAUCUGGGGGUGGGGGUGUUACAAGAGUGACUUGCAGGCUAGUGGAGGGAAGGAAUACCUUUCACCUCUUUUGGUAGAGACAUACCUCUAUCCUGCCACCCUACCUGGGCUAGAGGGUGAGGGAAUUGCAGGUGGAAGUUCCAAGGCAAGUUAUGAGGCAAUGUUUUUAUACAGAGACUGGCGGGUGGCUGGAGUGUGCUGCCAGGAGUGGUGGGGGAAGUAGAUACUGUAUCACUGUUUAAGAAGAGUUUAGGCCAUGGGUUCCCAACCCAGGGUCUACAGACCCCUUGCUUAAUGUUAUUGUUCUAUCAUGAUGAUGAAAUAAUCUUUCAUAUAAUUAUGGGAGUUAUAGCUCUUUUCACUGAAAUUGAGUAAGACUACAACUAUAGGUCAUGGGCUAAGGGCGAAGGGUAAAAUGUUUAAGGGAAUUCACUCGAGUGUGGAAUGAGCUGCUAGCGUAAGUGGUGGAUGCGGGUUUCAAUUACAACAUUUAAGAGAAAUUUGGAUAGGUACUGGAUGGGAGGGCUAUGUCUGGGUGUAGGCCAAUGGGAUUAGGCAGAAUAAUGGUUCAGCAUGGACUAGAUGGGACAAAGGGCCUGUGUUUGUGCUGUAGUGUUCUACAACUCUAAAUCAGGAGACCAAGGGCCUCUCAGUUAAUGGUCGGGGUCCAUGGCAUAAAAUAAGUUGGGAACCCCUGCUCUAAAACAACCAUGACUGAAUGGGCCAAUUAGCAUAAUUCUGCUCCUAUGUCUUAUGGUCUUAUAAUUUACUUGCCACAGAAUACCUAACUGUCAACUUUGUUUCCUGUGUUGUGACACUAAUUACUCAUACCAACUGUAAGUAAGCUAGAAUGUUAAUAGCAAUUAUAAUGAUUACAAUGAUGGUUCAUAAUUCAAAGUGAAUUUAUUAUCAAUUUUUCUGUCACCAUAUGCUACCCUGACAUCCAUUUUCUUGCGGGCAUUCACAGAACAAAAUGUACAAUAGAAUUGAUGGAAAACUGCACACGAAGACUGACAAACAACCAAUGUGCAAAAGAAGACAAACUGUGUAAAUAUAAAUGAAAAAUAAUAAUAGUAUUAAUAAAUAGUAGAUCAUUAGAGUAAGUUUUAUAAUGAUACCACUCAUGUGUCACUGUGAUAAGUAAACCAUGAAUUUACACAUUAGGGACCUGUUGUGUUGCUUGAUAAUAAAGGUUACAAUAGGUAAUAAUAAAGUGCAUUCCUUUUUUGUAAAAUUGACAAAGUGCUGAG